CAUUUGGGUGGAAGAAGGUUAUCGUAUAUCCCAUUCAAAAACGACAUUACGACGGACUCAUCCGAUCCUACACGCUCAUCCCUUCCAGAGCUCUACCGCACAGCCAUGGACUUCAACAGCUCUUUGCCUCACCCAGCGGGUGUCAUCUCGUUCCUCGACACCGAUCUGUACAAGUUGACGAUGCAAUGCGCCGUUCUCAAAUACUUCAAAGACGUCCCCGUCACCUACUCGUUCACAAACCGCACUCCCGAGAAGAAGUUGUCGCGCGAAGCCUUCGUCUGGCUCGAAGAACAGGUUAUGAAGCUCGGGAAUAUCAGCCUAUCCCCCGAGGAGCUCCAGUUCCUCAAGACUCACUGCCCUUACCUAACCGAAGAGUAUCUUGAUUACCUUUCCGAGUUCCGCCUUCGGCCGCGCGAGCAGGUCGCCGUUUCCUUCCGCCCUGAUGGUGACUCGGAUCUCGGUGAUAUCCACUAUGAUAUCAAGGGCAAUUGGGCCGAGACUAUUCUCUACGAAAUUCCGCUUCUCGCACUCACUUCGGAAGCCUACUUCAAGUUCAUGGACACGGACUGGGAUUAUGAUGGCCAGGAAGAAAAGGCCUUUGAGAAAGGCAUGCGCCUGCUCGAGGCUGGUUGCGUGUUCUCCGAAUUCGGAACCCGCCGGCGCCGCGACUACCACACGCAAGCUUUGGUGUUUAGGGGUCUCACCAAGGCGGCCAAGGAAGCCGAGAAGAGAGGCCUGACCGGUAAGCUCUCCGGCACUAGCAACGUUCACCUUGCCAUGCGCUUCAACAUCCCACCCGUUGGCACCGUUGCGCACGAGUGGUUUAUGGGUAACGCCGCCAUCCUUGGAGAUUACAAGUCCGCUACAGAGGAAGCCCUUUCCCGCUGGGUUGGAUGCUACGGACCUGGCGUCCUCGGCAUUGCGCUCACAGAUACCUUUGGAACCCCUGAAUUCCUCAGGGCGUUCAGCAAGCCAAUGUCGGCAUCUGGAGAGCUCGUACCGCAGCCGCGGGAUCGCAAGAUCAGCACGGCCGAUGCCUUUAUCUCGGCAGCGAAAGAUGUCAUCAAGGACCUCCAUCCCGACAAGACCUAUGCCCAAGUUUUCACGGGUGUCCGCCAGGAUUCGGGAGACCCCAAGGAGUUUGUCAAGCUCAUGCGCAAGUUCUAUGAUGAACAGGGCAUCAAGGACAAAAAGGUUAUUGUCUUUUCCGACUCGCUGGAUAUUGACAGGUGCUUGGAGUACAAGGAGGUUGCUGAAGCGGCCGGCUUCCAGCCAACUUUUGGUGUCGGUACCUACUUUACCAAUGACUUUGUCCACAAGGCUACUGGCAAGAAAUCCACGCCUCUGAAUAUUGUCAUCAAGCUGAGCUCGGCUGCCGGAAAUCCAGCAAUUAAGAUCAGUGACAACGUAGGAAAGAACACAGGCGAUAAGGCGACGGUCGAGAAGGUCAAACGAGAGCUCGGAUACGUCGAAAAGGAUUGGAGCGAGGGUGAUGAGUCGGCAAGAUGGGGUCACGAUGGUGAUGCUGCCACGGCAUGAGUCUUGAGUUUUGGUCUUCAGGUUUUGGGAGGUUAUACAUGCAUGCGACUGCUUUUCUGCUCAUUCUCCUGGCGGCUUCGACGGCAAAUAUCUUACCGGGCCACACAAUGCAUUGGAUGCGGCUACCCUUGGGUAUAAGCUCAAGAUUAUGAGUCCAAGUCCUAGUGGUGAUGGUCCACGGAUGUUCAGUUGACUUUGCGACCAACCCAGCUCAAAGGCUAGGUUGUGGAGAAACCAGCGAGCUGAUUCUGUUUCUGAUGGACGACAAAAGACUUGCCAGGGAAAACACUUCCAAACUCUGGGGCAGUCUCGUUCACCCCGGGUUGUUGGUUAUCAUAUCAAAUCCGGGAGAUUGACAAUGAUCAUUAGAAACCCACGCGAGGCACCCUGGGGGUCGAUAUCGGGUUCUAUUCU